UUAGUUUUAGAUCAUCUUUUGGUAUCUUGGUUUAAUCUAUGCAAUUUUUGUUUAGGGGUUGAAAUAUACUGUGCACCUACAGCUGAUUCCAGGGAAAUAUGGAAAGCAUCAAUGACCCAUAUUGCUCUUGAGGGUGGAUGUUUUGUUUUAUCAGCCAACCAAUUCUGUCGAAGGAAAGAUUACCCACCCCCUCCAGAAUAUGUAUUUUCAGGCACAGAAGAGGACCUCACGCCGGAUUCUGUUGUCUGUGCUGGAGGUAGUGUCAUUAUAUCACCAUCAGGGACUGUUCUGGCAGGACCAAAUUAUGAUGGGGAGGCACUCAUCUCAGCAGAUCUAGAUCUUGGAGAAAUAGCACGGGCAAAAUUUGAUUUUGAUGUGGUUGGACACUAUUCAAGGCCUGAAGUACUAAGCUUGAUUGUGAGGGACCACCCAACACAACCGGUUACUUUCACAUCAACAUCAGAGAAAACUGAUGGCCCUCAUAAGUAAUUGUAAUUUUUGCCAGCCAGCAAUUAGUGUACUCCCGCAAAAUGUAGGCUUUGUGAAUUGUCAUCAAUAAUUGGGAUUAGUUUUGACGUCUGUAUUACUGUCUCUGGUCAUUGUUGUAUCUUGAGGUGUUUAUAUGAAGAAAAAAAAAUGUAAUUUGAACAAAAUUUGGUCUCCUUAUUACAGGCCAAAAAGAAAACUUAGUUGUGUGAGACUACUCUCGCUUCCUAGAAGUGAUGUGUAAGUAUCUCAUAAUCACCCUAAGCUCAAUGGUUACUGCCCUGGACUCAUUUCCUA